AUGGUCUUGAUAAAUGGCAUAAAGUAUGCCUGUGAGAGGUGCAUAAGAGGCCAUAGAGUAACAACAUGCAAUCAUACAGAUCAACCGCUUAUGAUGAUCAAACCCAAAGGUAGACCUUCCACUACAUGCGACUAUUGUAAACAACUUCGAAAAAACAAGAAUGCAAAUCCUGAAGGUGUUUGCACGUGUGGCCGGCUAGAGAAGAAAAAACUGGCACAGAAAGCCAAAGAAGAAGCAAGAGCUAAAGCCAAAGAAAAACAAAGAAAACAGUGUACCUGCGGGACUGAUGAGGUUUGCAAAUAUCAUGCUCAAAAGAGACAUCUAAGAAAGUCCCCUUCAAGUUCUCAAAAGAAAGGAAGAUCCAUUUCUCGUUCUCAACCAAUGUUUGAAAGGGUAUUGUCUUCUACUUCACUUGACAGCAAUAUGUUAUCCGGCCACGGAGCACUAUCAGAUACCUCUAGCAUACUGACGAGCACAUUUUUAGACAGUGAGCCGGGUGUUGGUAAAAUUUCAAAAGAUUACCAUCAUGUCCCUUCAUUGGCCUCCAUUUCAUCCUUACAAUCCUCGCAAUCGUUAGAUCAAAAUUUCAGUAUACCACAAAGCCCGCCGUUAUCUUCAAUGUCAUUUAAUUUUCUCACGGGAAAUAUCAAUGAAACCAACCAAAAUCACAGUAAUCAUCAGCAUUCAAAAUCAGGCAAUAACUGGCAAGAUAGUUCGGUAAGCUUGCCAGCGAAAGCUGAUUCACGUCUUAACAUGAUGGAUAAAAACAACUCUGUGGGUCUUGACCUAUUAGGCCAUUCAAAACGAAUAUCGCCGAUAUCAAACUCUCGUGUGGGCGAAGUUAGCGUUCCGCUAGAAGAAUAUAUUCCUUCUGACAUUGAUGGGGUUGGAAGAGUUACUGAUAAAAGCUCUUUGGUCUACGAUUGGCCAUUUGAUGAAAGUAUUGAGAGAAAUUUCAGUACAACCGCAACCGCUGCAACUGGUGAAAGUAAGUUCGACAUUAACGACAACUGUAAUAGAAUUAAUAGCAAAAGUUAUAGUAAGACUAAUAGUAUGAAUGGAAACGGUAUGAACAAUAGCAAUAAUAAUAAUAUCAACAGUAAUGGCAACGACAAGAACAAUAACAACUCUUCUAGACAAGAACAUCAAGGAAAUGGACUAUUUGACAUGUUUACAGAUUCAUCGUCGAUUUCAACGCUUUCCCGUGCAAACUUAUUAUUGCAAGAAAAAAUUGGUUCGCAAGAAAACUCUGUCAAACAAGAAAACUAUUCGAAAAAUCCUCAACUUCGUCAUCAAUUAACUUCCAGAAGUAGAUCAUUUAUUCAUCAUCCGGCAAACGAGUAUUUGAAGAAUACUUUUGGAAAUUCACAUAGUAAUGACAUCGGAAAGGGAGUUGAAGUGCUAUCUUUGACACCGAGUUUUAUGGAUAUUCCCGAAAAAGAAAGAGAAACGGAAAGAUCGCCAUCAUCCAAUUACAUUACUGACAGACCUUUCACUCGAAAACCUAGAUCUUCUAGCAUUGACGUAAACCAUAGGUAUCCACCUAUGGCACCAACAACCGUAGCGACAUCUCCCGGUGCAUUGAACAAUGCCGUAGCAAGCAAUCUCGACGAUCAACUGAGUUUAACAUCACUAAACUCUCAGCCAUCAUCGAUAGCAAAUAUGAUGAUGGACCCUUCAAACCUAGCUGAGCAAAGUUCUAUUCAUUCAGUUCCUCAGUCAAUAAACUCUCCGAGAAUGCCUAAAACUGGAAGUCGCCAAGACAAGAACAUUCACACUAAGAAGGAAGAAAGAAAUCCGCUAAAUAACAUACACGAUCUGUCACAAUUGGAAAAUGUACCAGACGAGAUGAACCAAAUGUUCUCCCCACCAUUAAAAAGUAUGAAUAGACCGGAUGCCAUAAGGGAAAAUUCAUCUAGUAGUAAUUUCAUAAUCCAAGGAAAUAGCAUGAUCUCUACGCCUUCCGGAAGGAAUGACCUUCCAGAUACCUCUCCAAUGAGUAGUAUUCAAACAGCGUCACCACCAAGUCAAUUACUGACCGAUCAAGGAUUUGCGGAUUUGGAUAAUUUCAUGUCUUCGUUAUGA